AUGGAGGACCAUGUCGACAUCCCGGAAGAGUCAAUGCGACACAUCGAGGCUUUGUUGGCAAGACAUCCUCCACAGAUGAUUCAAAGGAUGUUCUCACAGACGCUUGAAUCUCGUCGCAACUCAAUAUCGUCUCUCGCGUCUACGAACACCACUGCAACGAGCUCGACUUCAUCAUCUGGCUCAUCAUGGCGAUCCCGUCUAUCGAUUGCAUCGACAUUCUCAACCUCUACCGGAAACAGUGAUGCCGCUCCUUCCAUUGCCUCGUCGGCUUCGUCGCGGUUCAGGAUGAGGAGAACAGAGCCUCGUUCGUAUCCAGCUGGUCUAGACCCGACGCGGCCUGUUCCUGCUAUGUUGACGCCUGCAUCUGACAUUAGCAGCCCGCUUGACAAUCAGCCUGAACACAGUAUCACGCCCACAGACGACAUCAGCAUUGCCUCGCCCAUCCUGUUUCCGGACGAGAAGAGUCAAGGCCAGUCUGGCGAAUCGUACAUGUUCUGCACAUACUGUGCCGAACAGAAGUCUCUGAAGACCUUCAAGGCCAAGUCCGACUGGAAGAAGCACGAGGCAAGGAUGCACGAGACUGGCGAAGACUGGGCAUGCGUUGUGAUAGGCUGUAGUCGUAUUUUCGAUCGUCAGAAAGACUUCAUCAAGCACCACCAACGCUAUCACUCCGGUCGGCCCCUGCCCUCGUUGACAGACAUUGGCAUCACUCUGCUCCCUAGAAGAGUAUUCGGUUGUGGUUUUGAUAAGUGCAAAGAGGUGAGCAUUGGCUGGGACGAGCGGUGCGAUCACGUUGCAAAACAUAUGAAGAAUGGCGCAACAUCCGAACUGUGGAAGUACUCGAAUGUGAUACGUAACUUGAUUCGACAAGAAGCGCUACACGAGAUCUGGAAGGACAUAGUUGCGUGCCUAGAUGAGCGGUUGAAGGAGAACCGGGCGCAGAUCAGCUGGUGUCCGGACAACACCAGAGUUUUGCGGCAGAAGCUGCAAUGCUGCGACCUCAGACCAAGCCGGGAGGAGGUGCUCAUAACAGCUUUGAGUCUACGUUCCGAUAUCGUAGUGGAUUCUGUCCAUCAGCAGGUCCCAGUCGGCUUCGUCACACCCAGCAGAGAUUCAGUACCGAAUGUCGACAAGUUGGCCCGUGAGCAGCGCAUGCAAAUCCUGAUUGGCCACUCAAAUGUUCAAUUAUCUCGAACAAGAUUGGCAAGUCUCAACGCUGCUUUACUUAGCGUUACAACCCAUACGCCCAACUACCACUGUGGAUCUUCACCGUUCGCUGACCCCAAUUCACCUACUGUCGACACGACUGAGCGCCGCAUCAGCUACAUGGACAUAGAUCCAGGUGACUACCUGGACGUUGCGCAGCCUCCUAUACUGGACCUGCAUCUCAGCAUGAGCGCACCUCAAAUCCACACUCCUAUUACAGACAACGGGCAGCAAAUGCAGCAACAGUCAAACAAUUACAUCGACCAAACCAAGUCCUCGCCCAACCCUCUUGGUUGGUACUACCCUAACUACUUCGACGCGGCACCUCAGUUUGAGGAGUCACAGUACUACGACCGACCAUCGCUUGGGCAGAUGAUUGCGAAACCUCUUCAUAAAAUUGGCAAUCGUUUGAGUACAUCCAGGAACAGCUCACGACCGACAUCGCACAUAGUGCAAAGCCACACCGGUAUGAACGUCGAUUUUGGUAUUCAGAACCCAGUAGCUGCUCUAAGCAUGCGCAAUCUCCAUGCAAACAUCCAGCCACAACAACAGAUUCAGCCACAACAACAGAUUCAGCCACAACAACAGAUUCAGCCACAACAACAGAUUCAGCCACAACAACAGAUUCAGCCACAACAACACUUCCAGCAACAGCAUCAGCAACAGCAACAGCAUCAACAACAGCCGCAGCAACCAAUCGCACACCCGCAACCACAGCACUUCCGCAACCCUGCACAGAUGCAGGACCAACUUCAAUUGUUCACGACUCACAACUAG